AUGGAGGUCGCAGCACUACACGGGGCAGAUCCCUCCGCGGACUCGCCCAGGUCGGAUCCCUCCGCGCCCCGAGGGCGCGCAAACUCCCUGAGCCCCGCUAAGCGCCGGGUCGACGAGGGCGGACCCGCCAAGGGGGCGGGGACAAGCGAAAACAACAGGCGGCGAUCCGGUGGCCCAAUGGGCGCGCCGCGGAGGGCCCGGCCAAGUGGAGGAAGCGCGGGGGCGACAACGGGCGUUGUCGUGGCUGACGAGAUUAUCGGGGCGCGGGCCGCCCGGCCUGGUGGCGCCACUACUGUCUUCGGAAAGGUCAUCGGCAAGGCGCUUCCCCGCCGGUUACGUUUUAACUGUUUACUCUUCCUCCAGUGCCUCGCGUUCCCCGGUCUUUCACCCCAAGCUGCGACACUUUUCCUAGUCAUGCCUAAGGAGCCAUUUAUCGGGUUAUCUGAAGCAGAAGAUUCUGGGGAAUCUCUUCUUGGGCGUGUAAUGGUUGUUGGCGAGAAGCGUGCUGCUCACCUGGGCCUGACCAAUGGAUUCCGGAUGGUUGUGGACGAAGGGCCCGAGGGUGGGCAGUCUAUGUAUCGCAUACAUCUACGUGUUCUGGGUGGCCGUCAGUUGGGCUGGCCGCCCGGCUAA